AUACCUGGUCAUGCUAGCAAGCUUUUCUUUUGGUUGUGCUCGCGUUGGUGAUGUCAACAACUUAACAAUAGCAGGCUGGAUUUAUUUUGGUCACACUACUAUCGUUGUGUAGGCCUACUGAUGGAUUUGUCACAGUUACUUCUCUAUGUUAAACUCAUCAUGGUUCAAAGAACCUUAUAAAUGCAUUUUUGGAGGACGGCUAAACACUGUACUGACCUGAGCCUUUUACGCUCCAGUCUAUUGUAAGGUGACUUGACCAACCGUGGUCCAUUGUGAUUUUGCCUUUGUCAUCGACUGCUGUAAACAGCGAUCAAAAAUCAAAUCUCCACCACUUUUAGCUCAGUUUGCCUUCAGGAAGCAAUCGGGAACAAGGCCUGUGUUCAAUUCAUUCUAGCUUUGUUAUUUGUUAUUGGUCAUACUGUGGUGUACAGUGUGGUCUCGUAUCUUCGAAUCGAAUCAAAUGGUUCACACCUGUGCUUCACGAAAAUGGGUUCUCUCAUAUCCAAAAAAUAUAAUGACCUGGAAGACUUGGAAAUGCAGACGGUGCGAUACAAGCCCGAAGGCAUCGACAAGCUAUGCAGGACGACAAAAUUCACCAAGAAAGAACUACAGCUGAUGUACAGAGGCUUCAAGCAGGAGUGUCCGUCAGGGCUCGUGAACGAAGAAACAUUCAAAGAAAUUUACUCACAGUUUUUCCCCCAAGGAGAUUCCAGUCAUUAUGCCCACUUUGUCUUCAAUUCAUUUGAUACGGAUCACAACGGCUCCAUUACAUUUGAGGAGUUUGUCAUGGGAUUGUCAGUUCUCUCCAGGGGGACACUAAACGACAAGCUGAAUUGGGCUUUUAACUUGUAUGAUAUCAAUGGCGAUGGGUACAUCACAAGAGAAGAGAUGCUGAGUAUAAUACAGUCGAUCUACGACAUGAUGGGCAAGUAUUCAGAACCCACGUCAGAAGACAUCACACCGGGGGAGCAUGUUGAAAGAGUCUUCCAGAAAAUGGACCUUAACAAAGAUGGUGUCGUAACGAUAGAUGAGUUUUUAGACUCGUGCAGAAGCGAUGAAACCAUCACCAAGUCCAUGCACGUUUUUGAUACGAUAUUAUGAAAGUGAAACAAUCGGCGAAGGGAAACUUUUUUUUAAACAACAGACAGUGUGAAAUUGGACACUUUGUAUCUGCAGGGAAACAAAUCUACGUGCUAUGUCUAUGCCAUCCGUCAUCAUUUUCUUGAUUGCUGUGUUUUUCAAAUGAAACCGUUCGGAGAGACAGAUUUGAUUGAGUAGAGUUUAAUAUCUGUUCGCUUUAGUCCCGUAGUCGUGAGUACUUGGACAGCAGUUUCUUUACAGACCAACACAAGAUUUUAGAUGGGGACAUCAUCGCUUUUGGAAAAAUCAAGUGGAAAUUUUUUUUGAGCCAUUGCAGUACACUGGAUUUGCAUUUGUCUUCAGUUUCCGUGGUAAUGGAUUAUGCUACUUUCCCAAUGGAUUGGAUACAGUUCUUAGAUUAUCCCACCGGCUCAACCAAGUAGAGUAAAAUGCCUUGCUCAAGAACACUACAGAGAGCUUUGGCUGGACUUGAACCCGUAACCUGUCGAUCUGAAGUCAGCCGGAGUGGGAUUCGAACCCAUAGCUUGCUCAACUGGAGUCUAACCCGAGACCAGCUGAUCAGGAGUUGAAGUGGGGCUGGAUUUAAAUCCUUAAACCAUUGAUCGGUUGUCAGCUGGAGUUGGCUUCUAACCUGUAACCGAUAGAUCUGAAGUCAUUGGUUUUCUGCCACACUUCUCAGCCCUCCAUUUCUGCAGCUUCUUUGUGUAUGUCUCCACACUGAACCUGCAUCUGCACUACAUUUAUAGGUGUUUUUUUUCCAUGAGAGGCUGCCAGAUCAAUACCCAAACAAAUUAAUUAAACAUCAGAAAAACCUUACGGUUUGCUAUUUUACUUCAUUAUUCAAAAAAAGAGUCAAUUUUCAUGUAUACCAGGUGAUAAAUCGGCCUAUUUUGUUUUUGAAACUGUACUCAUUUUUCUUCUGUCUACUCACACGCAACAGUUACUAUAGCCAUCAAAUAAAGGGAAACAAAAAUCUAAUGAACCCAUAUUUCAGAAAUUGAAAAAAAAAGAGCAAUAGUAAUCGCAGAGAUGUAUAUUACUCGUAAAAUAAAUUACAAAAUUCCAUUAGCAUGGUGGUACUAGGAGUACUGCUGUAACCAAGUAAGAAUCAAAUUUAUUAGGUGCUUGAUAAUCAUUUUAGAAGCCGGAAUAUUACACUGAGAUGACGUUUAACAUUCUCAUGUGCCUUGUGGAAGGGAUGCCGAAAUCUGUAUAAAUUGGAGUAAUCUGGCGGUUCCUAAAUAUCUUAUCAACCAGGCUGAAGUUUAAAAAUGAGAAUGAAUAAUUGUUUGGCUCAUAAGUAUACACAAGACAGAUACUUUUAAGAUUUGGUGGUUUUUGUUUGAACAAAAACAAGGGGUUUAUUUUGUUAAGUUAUGAUGAACGUGUACAUGUUUGCAUGAUAUUUUUUUCGUCAAUCAAAAAUUUGAAGAGUAUUUCCAAAACGCGAUAUAUCCAUUUGAAAAAAAAGGGAAAAAGUUGCAGGUUAUGAAAACGUAUAGAACGUACACAGCAAAGCAGCUGUUUGCAAAUUACGUUUCGCUUCAUUGUAUUCUAAAAUUGUGUUUACCUAUAUCACAGCUGUCGAAACUAACGUUGGGCAAUCAGGAGAAGGCUAUUAAGUAUUAACCAGUUUGUGCCGGGAUUAUUUUGACAAGAACGGAACAAGGCGUGGGAUUAUUUUUCACUCGAACUCAAGCCAGGCGGGUUGAAACCAUCACCCUCGGGCAGCACACUCGUAUUUCUGGCCUUGGUCGCUGCAAGCGGGUUGCUGAUGGAUAUUUCCAGCCUUGCUCCCUGCGUGUUUAUCCGUCAUCCGUUCUGAAUACCGCAAAACCUUUGCGUGUAUACACGUCAUCCUGCGCGAACUUGUUAAAAAAGUGGUGAUCGCGUUUUGGAAAUAGCUCAUUUGUUCUUUUAUGUAAUUCAAAACGAUAAAAGUAAGUUACCUUUACAUUCAAUGACAUAUAUUAUAAACGUCAAUAAUCUUCAUACAUUGCUGCCAGUUACACUAUAAACGAUGA